CUCCGCUCCGCGCGCGCGCUGCAAAGAUGGCGGCGCUGAGCAAGUCCAUCCCCCACAGCUGCUACGAGAUCGGGCACACCUGGCACCCGCGGUGCUCCUCGGCCGUGCUGCACGUCACACAGAGCGCCCUGGCCGAGUCCCUCCGCAUCUACGGCACCCUCUACCUGAUCGCAGCUAUUCUCAGGAAACGAAAACUUGACUAUUAUUUGUACAAACUGCUACCUGAGAUCUUGCAGUCAACUUCCUUUCUGACAGCAAAUGGGACCUUGUAUAUUGCUUGCUUUUGCAUUCUAAGGAAGAUACUUGGAAAAUUUUAUUUUUGGUCUCCUGGCUUUGGUGCUGCUUUACCAGCUUCUUACAUGGCUAUUCUCAUCGAAAGGAAAAGCAGGAGAGGCCUCCUCACAAUUUACAUGGCCAACCAAGCCACAGAAACAUUGUUCCGAAUGGCAGUAGCAAGAGGAGCUAUAACACCUUUAAGACAUGGAGAAGUCCUUUUGUUCUGCAUCACAGCUGCUCUGUUCAUGUUCUUCUUCAGAUGCAAAGACGGCUUGAAAGGAUUUACAUACUCAGCACUAAAGUUCAUUGUAGGGAAAGAAGAAAUCCCCACUCACUCUUUUUCACCCGAAGCAGCAUUUUCAAAAAUAGAUAGAAAAAUCAAGCACUGUGAAAAACUGUCACAGCCAAUGAACAUACUGGCUCUAACGAAAAAACUCAUGGACAAAGUGUGCAAACAUGGCCCGAGGCAUAGAUGCUGUAAACACUAUGGAGAUAAUUGUAUCUCAUACUGUAUUAAAGGCUUCAUUAGGAUGUUUAGCAUUGGUUACCUGAUCCAGUGUUGCCUUCGGAUUCCUUCCACCUUCCGGCAUCUGUUUACACAACCAUCACGGCUAUUUUCCCUCUUCUACAACAAGGAAAAUUUCCAGCUUGGAGCUUUCUUGGGAUCUUUCGUCAGUAUAUACAAAGGCACAAGUUGCUUCCUGCGCUGGGUCCGGAACCUAGAUGAUGAGCUUCAUGCACUUGUAGCUGGGUGUCUAGCAGGAAUUUCUAUGAUGUUUUACAAAAGUACAACUAUCUCUAUGUAUCUGGUGUCCAAAUUAGUAGAGACUAUCUACUUCAAAGGCAUUGAAGCAGGGAAGGUUCCCUAUUUUCCUCAUGCAGACAGCAUCAUCUAUGCCAUUUCUACAUCAAUAUGCUUUCAGGCAGCUGUGAUGGAAGUUCAGAACCUGAGACCUUCAUACUGGAAAUUUCUUUUACGACUAACAAAGGGCAGGUUUGCUCUCAUGAACAGAAAAGUUUUAGAUGUAUUUGGCACUGAAGCAUCUAAGAACUUCAAGGAUUUCACACCUAAGCUUGACCCAAGAUACACAGUUGUGCCACCAGAGCUACCGCUGGAGCUGUCUUGAACACAACAGCCUGGCUUGUCAUUGAAUGUGAUUAGUAUUUGUCCUGAAAAGUUAAUUAACUUGACAGUCGUACAUAUGGAGGAGUGCUAGGGCUCCACUUCAGUAUUAUUUCAAUGAGAAAUGCUUUUUACCAAUCGAAAAUACUGAAGCUUUGCAGGAAGGUGUGGCUUAGUGAUUUAGCCCCUUCCAUAAGCAGAAAAUAUUUUUGGAUUACUGUAGUUGGUUCACAGAAUGGUAGAAUCCUGAUUGAAUUAAACAAACAAGUAAUAUAUUUAGAGAAGUAAAACAUAAAUAUGCAUUACAGUUUCAAAAACUCUGUAGUUCAUACCAAUAGAAUAUUUCUUGGUAAAACUAAAAGUAAUUCUUAAUUUAGAAAGUAAGACAAUUGGCAUAGUUUAGGUCCGAAAUUUUACCUGGUCUUAAAAAUGGGUGAAAAUGCCUGCGUGGUUUUCUAAAUUGCGUCACUGAUUGGUUUCAAAAAAGCCACUACCCACUCAUUAGUUAAAAUUAGAGUAUUUUUACACAGCUGUGGUUGAAAAAUAAGGCAUUCCUUAGGAAAAGAAAAUGCAUAUUGAUUCAGAAAUCACAUUCCAGGGCUGUAAAUUCCACUGAUGAUAUAGAUAACAAACAAGGAAAACAAGAAGGCGGUCCUGGUGGCUGCUGCACUCUGAGGAGCAACGGGUGUGGUGGUCAGCAUCUGCCAAGUGGAAAAGGACAAACUGGCAGAGGAAGGAAUGAAACGUUCCAGCCUCUGAGAUGGUGCUGGAAACAGCAGACAGUUACAAAAAUAAAAAAGCCAAGAACAAAACAACAAACACACCCCUCCCCCUAAAUAUACUGAAGUGAAAUGUUUAUUUUUAAAAGGGCUUGACAUUGUCUCCUUAGAUGGCAUCAGGUUGUUUGUCAGGCUGCAAUGCCAGCCAGCGUUUCAAGCAUUUCUUUAGAAGAGAGCUGACCCCUGAGGUUAGACUGUUACAAGAGAACAGUUCUGACAAUCGUGUUAAUAGUGUUUUUUCCUUGUACUUGGUGAAGAAUGGUUUUCCAUCAGGCCAUCAGACAGCCACAACUGGCACAGUUACUUUGAAUUUGAUAUGGUACUCAAAGCAAAUAACUACCUACACAAAGUCCAUCUCAUUUUUAUCGUGUGUAUUUCUGCAGAUUUGUCUUCUAAAGUGAGACCUUGACAUGCUAAUUGCUUUGGUUUUUUUCCCUCUUUGGGCCUUUUUUUAUUUCGAAUCCAUUCAGGUGAUGCUGAGUGAUGUUCAUUACCCUGAACUUAAUGAAAAGAUGAACUAUAUUCACACUCAACUGAAAAGAGGCAAGAUAAGCCCGAGAAUUAAAGUUGCAGUAGGUUGCAGGUAUUUUAAGAAUAAAAGAAGAAGAAAUUAGCAUUUUAUUGGAAGUCUUUGUCAAAUGACAAGAAUUGGACUAAUUAAUAGACUCCUUGUCUUGUAACACUGUAAUCCUACUCCAGACGUAAGCAUAUUUUAAUUCCAGUUAAUUGAAUACAGAAUAUGCAGUAAUUUUUAUCAGAUUUACAGAAUUGUUGUGAAAAUUGUACCAAUUUGUGCACAAAAUCUGCUUCUUCAUCAGCUACACUAACAGUGAUGCUUUAUCACUGUUACUAAAGGUGCUUCAUCCUUCAAAACAGUGGUUGUCCAGGUUAGUGUGAAUAAAGUUUUUUGGCAAGCUAGUUUGUAUGCAAUAUUUUAUUGCUUGAAAUAUUAUAUUAAAAUUCCUCAAAAGGAAAUAAAAGUUAAUUCAACAAGAACUUUAAAAUUAUUGUAAUAGGUUUGUAGUGUUUUUCCACUGGAAUAUGGUCUAAAAUAUUUGACCUUGUAAAGUCUGAGAAGUUAUAUAUUUUAGGUGGUAUAUUAAAACUCACACCCUAUAUGAUAAAUACUUUCUAGUGUAACUAUAUACCAUUCUCAAACUUAAAGAUAUUUUAUAGAUGGAUUAAGUUUCUUCACUGGAAUGACAAUUGUGAUUGUUUCUCUGUUUGAGGGUUUUUUUGAGAAAAAAAAAUCCAAGAACUACAUCUCAGCACCUAAACAAGAGUUUUGUCUAUGUUUCUUGCUUCCAAAAUUCACAGUCCUUGUUUUGAGUUAUUCUCAUGUAAUAUAAAAAGAAAUUAAAAUUUUUUAAAUUAUUUUUAUUCAAAUCGAAUAUAUGUAAGAGAAAAUCCUAAUGUUCAUCCCAAUAAAAAACAGUUGCUGCUUGAAAAAGUGA